ACAAAAAAGAAUCAAAAUUUACACCAAAAACUCCCAACUCAUAAUUCUAAACCUCUUAUCAUACUCAAUAUAUAUAUAAAUAAAUAACUCUUCUUUACGUUAUUCUUUUUCUCCAUUUCACCAUUGAUAUCUUAAUAUAUUAAUAAUUAAGGACUCAACAACUAGUCAACUAGUUAUGCUAAUUGCAAGGUCAUCAAAGAAAAAAUAAUAAACCAAAAUUAUAAACCAUACCACCACAGCUCUUAUCCACCAAUCUUCACCUAAUAUUCAACUCCAAGAGCUUUCUGAUCUGAAUUUUGAAGAAAGAGAGCUCAGAUUUUCUGCCAUGGAAGAUUCUUCAAAUGGGAAAGUUGAGGAUCAGGCUAAAGAGGUUGUUGUUGAAGAUGUGAAAAAUGUAGAGAUUGAUGAUGAAUCUGAGUCUGUAAACAAAAGGGAAAUUUCCAUUUUUGAGCAAGUUGUUCACAAAGCUGAGGAUUUUCUUGAUGAUCAUCAUUCUAGUUCGAGUUCUUCUAGUAGCUCUGAGGAUGAAAAAGAGGAAGAGAUGACUAGUCCUGAAGUGAAAGAAGAGAAUUCUGAGAAUAAAGAUGAGAAAGAUGAAGAGGUUGUUGAGGAGAAUAGUUUGACUUCUUUGAUUGAGAAUGAGAUUCCUCAAGUAUUGGAAGAGUUAGUGUCAAAGAUUGAAGCUGUGAGUUCUGUGGUUUCGGGGGAAAGUGAUCAUGAUCAAGAGGAAUCUGAAUUGCCAUUAUCAGAUCAGAAGAAUGAGACCAUUAAUAAUAAUAUUUCAGCUUUGGCAGAACAAGUUAUUGAUCAUUUCAAAAAGGGUAAUGAAGAGAAUUCAGGGGAAUCAACAGAACAAGUUACUAGUAAUGAAAAUAUACCUGAGAACAGAACAGAAUUGCCUGUUGUACCUGUGACAAGAGAUUCUCUACAACAAACUUCAUGGAGAAGUUGCUGUGGACUUUUUGAAGCUCUGCUACCAUCUGAAAGAUAAAGAAAUUGCAGGUUAUCUUUAUCUUAUACCAACCAAUUAAAAAAAGGAGGAAUGUCUCUGUUACAAAUUGAAAUAUUGAAUUAUGAAGUUUGCAAAGAGUGAAGGUGUCUGUCUAAGAUUUAUAUUUGUUAAGUGUGUGUAGUAGUGUUUUGCUUUUUCUUUUUCAUCAAAAGUUGUUGUUGUAUAUGGUGAUUUUACCUUUACUAUUACUACUAUAUAACAAUCUAUAUUCAGUUGAGAACCA